UGACUCAAAGUCAAACAAUCCCAGGCGUUUGCGUCGUGGCCGUCCGUCCGAGGGGGCGGACGCAGAACCUCCGGCGGCGCGGGGGUCCCAGCUGAGCACACGCUCCCUCCUGGCUUCUCCCAAGCCAGCCACUGGGGGCCGCGGCGCCACUCCCGGAGCCCCGGACCCCAGGCUCUGGAGGGUUUGGGACUGGGGUCGCCUCCCUGCUCCAGUUCCGUGUUGGAAUCCCCUACUGCGGUGAUGGGGGACGGCUGUCGAAUUUCAGCGCCCAGGCCAGCGUCCCCUUUCCUUCCGGCCAGCACCACCCCCCCCCAACCACCCCUGCCGCGGUACGUGCGCAUGGCGCAUGGCGUCGGAAGAAAGGCCCCUGGGUGGCUUAUGAAUGACAGAGGCAGGCAAAAAACAGGCGCUACCCCGAAUCCCGGCCCUGGUGGAGGGAAGUCCACAGGAGGGGUAGCCGGCCGGACAGGGAGGUACUGUGGGGAAGGUGUCAAGUAAUCUUGGGGAGGCCCAGGCCCUGGAGACAGCUUAGGUGCCAAAGCUGCGACUAGGCGCUGAUUCCGCGAAUGCAGGAGACGAAUUCUCAUUCCGGUGGUCCUGCUCUGCGAGGUGGGAGCACCACAGGACAGGAGGCCGCGUCUGGGCCUGGGAGCCAAUGGGUCCCCACCCUGCAAAUAAGCUGUUGGGAGCCAGGUCCGACCUCUGAUGCCCAGCCCCAGCAGGAGGCCAGGGCCCAAUUCUCCCUAACACUCCCUGGUGACCCCGCCCUUCUCAAGACUUUGUGUCCCACUGCAAGUAUCAGAAGAGGUUGGCUCUUCUCUUGAGCGCUGGUUUAGGUAUGUUAAAAUCAUAUUUCCGAGUAGAGAGCCCCGGUGGAGCCCCAGCUCUGGCCCUCCCUGAUGCUCAGGGUUCACAUACCUCCCUGGAAUCCUGGGCAGGGGUCCCCUUGACUCUGCCUCCAUCUCAUUUGAGGGAAGGAGAAUCUAGUGCCUUCUGUGGGUUUUGGAAAGGGUUGGAAGAGGAUGAAUGCUCAGACCCAUCUCUGCUCCCCAGGCUGCCUGGGCCAGGACAGAGCCCUCUGCACCUGGCCACCUCCCUGAAGCAGUCUGAUAGGAUGCCCGACGCCAGUGUGGUGCCCUUCCAAGCACCUGCCCGGAAGGUUUCCACCGGAAAAUCAAGCAGGAGAAAUCUUAUGUCUGCUUACUCUCAUCUCAUCGUUGCAAGUCUUCUGUGUGUUCCUGGUGCAGGACUAUAUUUGCCCCAUUGUAUAGUAUAUAAUGUCUAAGCGGAUGCAUAUACUAUUUCACGAUGCACACUGAAGAUCAAUCGUUUAAGGAAGAGGGUUGGUCAUCAGGAACAGUUGGAGAGAAUUGUCCAGAGGGGACAACUGAACGGCUUAGCCAGCCCUUCAAUCCCUGGCCUUCCUUGUCUUUCUGGCUUCAUCAUCUAAUAUUCUUCUCCCUUCCUCCCCUCCCGAUGCCUUCCCAUGACAUCAUUGUUCUGCUGACACUCAACUUCCAGUUGCCGGAACAUGCCCGAUGCUUUCAUGUCUGCAGCCCCCAAAAGAAUCUGCCAGCCAGGGGGGCUCAACCUUCCUCGAGCCCCUCCCAAUUUCGGUGCCCCCGGCUCUUCUUCCAGCUGGGCGUUCCCUAAGGCUUGUAGCGCACCCAGGGCUCUGCCCUCCAUCACCUACGUCUCUCCAUUGUGGUCAUUUAUGUAACUGGCCAGGGCGUGUGCCAAAACUAGAAGUCCCUUGAGGGUCCGACCCAGGUCUGUCACAUCGACAUCCCGAAGGGAAAGCUUGAUUUACCCUGCCACCGUGGGCGACAACCUGGUCCCAGCCAGGUUAAUCAGUCUGCGCAAGGUCGGGUCUGCUGACCCCACUAAGCAGCUUGAGCCUCCUAAUCCAGGGCCAGCAGGAACCUCAGGACAGACGGCAGUGGCUCGCGGAAGGUGACAGGGCCAUCUUGGCCUUCUGCGGACCCUGUCGGGGAGGGGAUGGGGCAGCUGAGUCAUGUGCACCACUCUUUUCGUGCUCAGCACCUUGGCCAUGCUCUGGCGCCGCCGAUUCGCCAACCGGGUCCAACCAGAGCCCAGCGGAGCAGACGGGGCAGUAAUGGGCAGCAGCUCGGAAACAGACCUCCAGUCCUCAGGCAGGGAGAAAGAGUCUCUGAAGUAAGUUCUCACGUCUUCAGGAGGAGCUCGGCCCCAGGGACCGACAUCAACCGGCAGAGACAGUUCAAGUCCCGGCUGGUCCCCCACCUACAAAGGAUGCUGUGGUGGAAGGAGCAGCAGCACGCUGGGGAAUGGGAAAAAGCAGCCAUCGAGAAGACCCGCAUAUCGCUGUGACAUACACACCCAGACGGCGACGAAAGGGACAGUGCCUGACUGCGCCAGUGAGGACAACAGGAGGAGCCUGGCCAAGCCUAGUCACUUGACCUUUCCUUCUCUGCACCUUAUCUCCCCUCUUAACAAGCAGUGCGGACCCCGGGUGGGCUGGUGCUGAGCCUGAGAGGGACCCCCGACUACUCUCAGAAGAACAGUCUGUUCAGAUGAAGGGGAUGGACCAUUUCCCAAUUCUCCCAGUCCAGACAGGCCUCGAUGGACCGUGUUUGGAGGCGCUGACGAUGACUGGCUCCCUUGGCAAGUGUGGAUGGAGCCCGUGUGCCAGGUCCCUUGGGUGCAGAAAUAGGGUGAGACUUCCUGCCACAAAGAACCAGAAAACCCAGCAAAGUAGAAGUAACCAGUACUUGGCAGCGGGUGCCACAUGGGAUGGUGACCCCGUGGCUGCCUCAGGUCUGCCUCACACAGGUCCCUGCCUGUGGCCUGGGGCGGGGAACCCCAGCAGACGGCAGUGGUCCUGUUCCAGUGAGGAGACAAGAUCAGAGCUCGGGGCAGCGUGCUGUUCCUAAGGAUAUCCACACAGACCCAUGGGAUUCCCCAAAACAGACGCUAUGAAAGUGAUCCAAAGGAGAAUGAAAAGUGCUUUUGAGAGUAUACAAAAAGCACUAACCAUAAAAGAAAAACAGAUAAAUUGGACUUUAUCAAAAUUCUUGGAAAGCCUGGAAGAAAAUAUUUGCCAAGCAAAGGUCUGAGAAAGGACCUGUGUCCAGCAUAUAUAAAGAACUUUUACAACUCAAUAAGAAGACAGCGGACAAAAAAGGGGAGAGGGUUUUAAUAGAUACUUUGUAAGAAAGUAUACAUAUGGCUAAUAAACACAUAAAAAGAUACACAAUAUCAUAAGUCAUCAAGGAAAUGCAAAUUCAAACCACAACCACUCAAUGGCAUGGCUAAAAGACUGACCACAACAGGUGUUGGUGAACAACCAUGCCCCUGUACUAACGCAUUGCUGGGAAGCCAGUUUGGCAGUUUCUUAGGAAGUUAUCCAAGAGGAAUGAACCCGUCGGUCACAAGAAGACUUGUACAGAGAAGUUCACAGCAGUGUUUUUAAUAAUAUCUCCAAACUGGAAACAGAUAUUAAUAAUAUCUCCAAACCGGAAAUAUCCACCAACAGGCGAAUGGAUCAAAAAGGAGGCAGUGUGUUGGGGCGCCUGGGGGGCUCAGCGGGUUAAGCCUCUGCCUUCAGCUCAGGUCAUGAUCUCAGGGUCCUGGGAUCGAGCCCCGCAUCGGGCUCUCUACUCAGCAGGAAGUCUGCCCCCCCCAACCGCCUGCCUCUCUGCCUACUUGUGAUCUCUCUGCCAAAUAAAUAAAUAAAAUCUUAAAAAAAAAAAAGAAAGAAAGAAAGAAAAGGAGGCAGUGCAUUCACACGAUGGAAUACUACUCAGCAAUAGAAACGAAAUGGGUCACCAAGUGAGUCACAGCACGCAGCCCUGAAAGAAGCCAGACCCCAAAGAGCACCUACCCUGUGAAUCCAUUCAUAGGAGAUUCUAGAACAGGAGGAACUAAUCUGGAGUGGCAGAAAGCAGAUCAGCGGUUGCCUGGGGCCAGGGCUGUGAAAUAAGCAGGAAGGGGCCCUUCCGGGUGCUGGAGAUGUUCUAAACCCUGACUGGGCUUGUGGUUAUAUGGUGUGUCACUGAUGGGACUAUUGAAUCAUACAUUUUAAAUGCAUGCAUUUUAUUGUAUGUAUGUAAAUUAUACCUCAAUAAAGCAACUUAAAGAGUUUAAAAC